CAAGAAAAUCGACGUCGAUUUCGUGGCCAAAUGUGAUUGUUGUUGAAGGAUUUGUGGCCUCAGCGGCAAUAUUUUCUGUUUAUAGAGAAGUGUCGUCAUAUGUGAACUCGAGACUUGCUCCCUCGUGUUUUCUAAUACUCAAUUUUAUUUCAGAGAGUGUGUCCCUAUCAAAAGGGUAAUCGGAAGCCAAGAUGUCGGCUCCUACAAAUGCGCCGAUCCAGUCGACGGCGGGUGCUAUCCCGAUGAAAAAUGAGAAGGGUGAUCUUACUAUGCAGAAAGUGAAAGUCAGUCGUUAUGUAACCGGUAAAAGACCUGACUAUGCCCCAGACAGCAGCAGUGAGGAGAGUGAAGAUGAGUUUGUACCCGUUAAGACAGAACAGGAAGCCCCAUCUGUGGUUGAAAAAGAGGAAGGAGCAGAAACUGUAUAUGACCGUCGUCUCCAACGGUUACAGGGACGUGAUAUUGAAAAGGAUGAGGAUGACAGAGUUGCGAGACAUCGAAGAGAAGUAGAAGAACCCGAGCUCAUACAGGAUGGUUCAGACUCGGAGGCAGAAGGAAGGAAGAGAAGAGGCGAGGAAGAGGAGGAGAGCAGUGAGGAAGAGGAGGAAGAAUUAGAUGAAGAGGAGAUUGAAAGACGGCGGAUACUGUUGAGACAGAGAGCACUUCAGAGACAAGAAGAGGAGGAGGUGAUGGAUGUCGAGGAUGAGAAAAUGGACGGCGACAGUGAAGAGGAAUCAUCGGAGGAAGAAGAUUACACAGACUCAGAGGAGGAGACAGGCCCCAGACUUAAACCAGUGUUUAUCUUUAAAAAAGAUCGUAUCACAACAUUAGAGAAAGAAAAAGAAGAAGCCAAGAAGAAGGAUUUAGAGUCAGAAACCAAACUGCUAGCCGAGGAAAGGCGUAAACAGGCACUCAAGAUGAUUGCCGAUGACAAUCGCCGUGAGAUGGAGGAGGAGAAGGGCACACUUGAUGCCUGCGAUGCACUCGACUCGGGUGAUGAUGAUGAAGAGGAAUAUGAGGCAUGGAAAGUAAGAGAGUUGCGGAGACUGAAACGAGACAAAGAGGAGCGAGAAUCUGCAGAGAAGGAGAAACUGGAAGUUGAACGCCUGCGAAAUAUGACAGAGGAAGAACGACGUGCUGAGAUAAAACAAAACGGCAAGAUCGUCACAAACAAGGCCCCUAAGGGCAAAUACAAGUACCUCCAGAAAUAUUAUCACAGAGGUGCCUUCUUCUUGAGUCAGGAUGAUGAUGUGUACAAGCGAGACUUCUCCGCGCCGACCUUAGAGGACCACUUUGACAAAACAAUUCUUCCGAAAGUCAUGCAGGUCAAGAACUUUGGACGUUCUGGCAGAACAAAAUACACCCAUCUUGUGGAUCAGGACACGACCCAGUUUGAUUCCCCAUGGAUGACCGACACGGCACAGAAUCUCAAGUUCCAGGCCGGUAAGGGCGGAGGUAUGAAGCAAGUCUUCGAGAGGCCGUCCAAUAAGAAAAGGAAAUGAAUCUUUAUUGGAAUGAAUUAAAUAUUUCAAAUAUGAAAAUUGGAAGGUUUUGCAACUAGGGACAAACUAUUGUCAGUAGAAAACAAUAUUUCACUGUGAAAUCAUGUUUCGUUGACAAAAGUAUGUAUUUAAAGAUAAGAAAAGACAACCCUCAGUUUUAUUAACAGUUAUUGUGUUAUGUCUGAAGGCUGUAAAAUGCUACACAUGGAGAUACCACUACCGCAUGACUUCAAGCAUUGGUAUAUCAUGUAAAUCCUCUCAUGUUAUAGGUAGUUACUGCAUCUAGUAUUUGA